AUGAAUAUUUCAAACAAUUUCAGACGAUUACCACGAAACAAUAAUCAAGUGAGAGUAGUUCAACGUAGAAGGGAACGGUUUAUAAAUAACCUUCAAGGAAGUCGUUUUAUCACUCUUGCACGACAUCCCAGAAUCAUUAAUCAAGGACAAAACCAACGUGCACGAUUUCCAAGAAUCAUUCGAAGAAAAUACCAACGUGCAACUUAUCAAAGAAGAAGACGAGUUCGACUUAACGCUGAUACAUUGAAUAGAAUCGUAAAUCUACCUACACAAAUGACCAAUGAUAUCAAUAAUCUCAGCAAUAUCGAUCAUAUGUUGGUGGAAGAAUUCUUCAAUGGCGCUUCAUUCGUUCAAACCUUAACUUGA